GUACGACCGCCCACAUCUUGCCCACAUCCACCGUGUCUUCGACGUCGAUGUUGGUGUUGGCCCAGGUCUGAACACCACGACGUCUGCUUUACGCGAUUAUCCAUCACGAGCGCGUCAUACUCUGCUAGGCUCAGGAGCACCAUGCCGGCAAAGAAGAAAGGCAACCCUCUGCCUCUCGGCGACACGCUUCGCGACCUUGCGCUCCUGCGCGCAUCAGACUGCAACCUCUCCUCUGCUCUUCCGUCGCCCUCGAAGACAGUACCUUCGGAUACAUCCUCUCUUGCUGGUGGACAGUCCAAGGACGUCAACGAGUCUGUCGAGCGAUCGUACGAGUUCGUGAAGGAGACGAGAGCGGCUAUCCGGUUGCUCCAUCGUGGUGAGGCGGACAAGCAGGGUGGCAGACUAGAGGAAGUGCGGAGCAGGCUGGAGGACGUCGCCAAGGGGCUGGAGACUGAGGAAGUGCGGUAGUCACAGUGCGGGUGGUCGGUAAUCUUCGCAACAUAUGCUCAUUGAGUGCGUGCGGCUGACUACUUUAUAGGAUAUCACCAUUAGGAUCAUGCUACGUCGCACGACGUCUACGACUCGGCAUCAUCGAAGUAUGGGGUGUGUGUACGUGUU